UCUGCUGCGAGACGCAAGACGUUUGGGAGGGGAGAAAAGGUGUUAAGAAGCAAUUAGCCGUCCUUUGCAACUCUCCAAGGGAUCAAACCUCACUUCCUCAACCAAAUUCCAAAUUGUUCUCUUCUUCCCUUUCCCCCCUUCUCCUUCUCAAAUCCCAAGCGGGAAAUAUAUAUAUAUAUAUUUCUAUUGUCUUUCAGCAUUUCCACUGCAAAUUUUCCUCACACAAGCCUUGAGACAGUAAAGCUGUGUAUCUGUUGCGAUCAUGGCUCAUUCUGCCGUCACUCAGGUCACUUUUGCUGUCCCUUUCAAUGCUGAUUCGUCCGUGCGAAAAUCCGUCUUUAAGGCUAACUUAGGUUUCAACAAUAAAUCAUGGACCGAUUUCCAACAUUUCAACUUGAAAACCUCAAAUGGAAAAUCCAGGAGAAACAAUUUUGUUUGCAUGUCUGUACAACAGGCUAGCAAACCUAAAGUGACUGUUUCACCUUUGUCUCUAGAAGAUGCAAAGGAACCUCCAUUGAAUCUGUACAAACCAAAGGAGCCAUACACUGCAACAAUUGUCUCUGUUGAGAGGCUUGUAGGCCCUAAAGCUCCUGGGGAGACCUGUCAUAUUGUGAUUGACCAUGGCGUCAAUCUUCCUUACUGGGAAGGUCAAAGCUAUGGUGUUAUUCCUCCUGGAGAAAACCCAAAGAAACCUGGUGCUCCCCACAAUGUUCGUCUAUAUUCAAUUGCAUCUACCAGAUAUGGAGAUUCCUUUGAUGGGAAAACAGCUAGUUUGUGUGUCAGACGUGCUGUCUACUAUGAUCCUGAGACAGGAAGAGAAGAUCCGUCAAAAAAGGGAGUUUGCAGCAAUUUCCUGUGCGAUUCAAAGCCUGGAGACAAAGUGAAGAUCACCGGUCCUUCUGGUAAGGUAAUGCUUCUGCCUGAAGAUAACCCAAAUGCUACACACAUUAUGAUUGCAACUGGUACUGGUGUGGCUCCCUACAGAGGGUACCUUCGUCGUAUGUUUAUGGAAUCUGUCCCAACAUUCAAGUUCAAUGGCCUUGCUUGGCUCUUCCUUGGGGUGGCCAACCAGGACAGUCUUCUGUAUGAUGAGGAGUUCACCAAAUAUCUCCAGGAUUAUCCAGAUAAUUUCAGGUACGAACGUGCUCUUAGCCGGGAGCAGAAGAACAAGAGCGGAGGCAAGAUGUAUGUUCAGGACAAAAUUGAGGAAUACAGUGAUGAGAUCUUCAAACUGCUGGAUGAAGGAGCGCACAUCUAUUUCUGUGGGCUGAAGGGAAUGAUGCCUGGAAUUCAGGAUACAUUGAAGCGGGUGGCGGAGGAAAGAGGGGAGAGCUGGGAGACGAAGCUUUCACAACUCAAAAAGAACAAACAGUGGCACGUUGAGGUCUACUGAUAGCAUUAUAGAUUUAGACAUUAGGCAGGCAGGGAAUUACAGCAUUGUUGUUCAGAUAAUUGUUUGUAUGAGUAUUGAUUCAAGAGAACUUGCAUGUUUGGUGUUAUUUGCUGGUGAAAAUGGAAGCUGCUUUAUUAGGUAGGUAUUGCAGAAUGAGAAGUAGAUUUUAGCCUGAAUAAUGUAAUCCUUUUCUACAGAUUGUUUCUGUGUAACUUCCAAAACCCUGUGGAAUUGGGAGUUGGCACUAUUGCUAAAUCCAGUCUGGGCUUCAUGUGUUUGUCAUGUUCAAUCA